UAAUGGGUAUAGAAAAUACUUGGGAGAGAAACAGCGGUAGUAAACUAGUGAUCAUGGGGAAGAAGUGCCCCAAUGCGGGUCUUCCGGUGGGAAGGACGAAUCUGUGAAAGCUGUCAGCAGUCUGAGACUCUCACUGUCACAGGAAUUCCUACUUGUUUACCACUUACAAGUGUCUUCAAAAGCUGGCGCACAAUUAGCUCACUACUAGGAGGUAAAAUGACCCACAAAUCCAAAACUCAAGAAUAACACACCAGCACCACCACCACCAAGAACAACCCCAUCCAUUAACAAGAGCACCCAACUAAAGAAGACCCUUUAGUUUUAGAGCUGCCUCACUUUUACAAAAGCAAGAAUCAGAAAGAGAGUACCAAAAAAAGAUUGAAAGAGAAUGUGAAGGGUGAUCUCAGUAGUGGGAACAAGGAGGAUGAGGCAGCAAGGGGGACUAAUGGGGGCUUCAAGAUGCCAAGACUGUGGGAACCAAGCUAAGAAAGAGUGUGUGUACAUGAGGUGCAGGACUUGCUGUAAGAACAAAGGUUUUCAGUGUGAAACUCACGUCAAGAGCACUUGGAUCCCUUUGUAUAGGAGGCGCCAGAGGCAGCAACAUCAACAGCAACAUCAACAGCAACAGCUUGCAGCUGUUCUUCCACAGGAACUUCAGGGACAUAGCCCUAAGAGGCACAGACAAAUCCACUCUUCAGGUUCAGGAGAGGCAAAAUUUCCAGCUGAAGUGCAGUCAAUGGCAACAUUUCGUUGCAUUCGUGUGAGCUCAAUGGAUGAUGAAGAUGAUGAAUAUGCAUUUCAAACUGCUGUGACCAUUGGAGGCCAUGUAUUUAGGGGUGUUCUCUAUGAUCAAGGCCUUGAAAGUCGUCACACUAGUACUGUAGGUGAAAGCUCCUCCAGCCGUGCACAUCAGCAACCUAACAAUCUUCUCAAUGCUGCUACACUUGCAACUAUCACUCCCAAUUCAGCUUCCACAGAACAAUUUCUUCCUCCUUCAUAUCCUUUUUCACUUAAUGCUUUCAUGCCUGGUAUGCAAUUUCUUCCACGCCCGAGAACUUAAAGAGGAACUCAAAGGUUGAAAUGCAGAGAGUUCAUUUCACGGUUAAUAUUUUGUUUCUAACAAUUUAAUGAUUAGAAAUUUGAGAAGGAAAUGAAUUAAUAGAGGGGUAUGAGCUUUGAAAUACUCAUUCAACCUCUUUGCCUUCCUAUAUAUAUCUAUUUAUCUCAACAAGUUUGCAUAUUUGUUCUUGUUCUAGUAUAUAGCCAGUGCUUAAAUAUAUAUGGAACUAAAAAUAAUUAGAAAGGAAAGUAAAGGACCUUAUUCUUGUUUUA